UCCGGGACACUUUCGUACACCACCACCAGGAACAUGUCUCGCGUUCUCGUAACAGGGGCUUCUGGCUUCGUGGCUAUGCACAUCGUCAAAGAGCUAGUCGAGUCAGGUAAAUAUAUCGUGCGAGGAACCGUGCGAAGCCUUAAAAACGAAAAGAAGGUUCAGCCAUUGAAAGAUCUUUGUCUGGAAAAUGCGAAAUACCCACUGGAAUUAGUCGAGGCAGACUUGCUAAAGAAGGAAACGUGGCCAGAGUAAGUUUGAGUCUGAGUAUUUAUAGUGUUCACCCAAUGAUCGUUAUAUAAAACAGAAACAUUUCUGGGUUUGAAGAAAUAUACCGACGGCUGUCUAAUUCAACAAUUUGUUGAUGUGAUAUUACCAAUUACGCUUUCUUAACAUGUGCUAUGGAACUUAACGUUAGCCAAUAAAGUUUUUGCAAAUGGCAAAAUCACAGCUUCCUUUUCAACAAAUUUGUCUCCCAAGUAUUUUAUUAAAUGCUACAAACAUCAAAAAUAAACUUUGAAAAACAGCUAGGCCAAUAGUUUACAAAAGCCACAAUUACAAUCCGUACCAAUUAAAGUUAGUCCAUCCGUGCCUUAAUUAUACGUACUUAGUGUGUUAUCUAUACCUUCUUUAAAUAUUUAGGUAGGCAUUUUUCGGUUUCACUCAAUUUUAUGGCAGUUCCUACUGUUAAAAGUUUGAUAAUUCUUCUGAUGCAGCUAGCUAUUUUUUUUACUAUAGCUGCAUUAUCAGGCUUAAUGCAGGUACAGUAUCUAUAUUUUAUUAGCACAGUCAGAUGCUGUAUUACAGUUUUAAAACUUGUACGGAUCCGGAAAACAAUGCUAAUGCAAAAUUUUUGGGGCCAAACAAGGUGUGUUAGGGACAAUGCGAAGCUUUCGGCUGAUGAAGACUCGAGCAAUUUUGUCUAUCAGUCAUUGUAAAAUGUGGCUUUACUGGUCAUUUUCUUAACAGUGCGGUUAAAGACUGUACCUUUGUUAUUCAUGUGGCAUCCCCUUUCCCCAUGGAAGAUCCAAAAGACGAGAUGGAGGUGAUAGGUCCUGCUGUGGAAGGAACGCGGAAUGUGCUUGAGGCCUGUGCAAAGACGAAGGGCGAGGUCAAAAGAGUUGUACUGACAAGUUCUUGUGCCGCAAUUAUUGGUAAAAGUGUAGUAGUCCUUAGCCUGAGAAAAGCAGCUGACAUUUUGCGACGCCACGACUGGUUUCCCCAUGAAAUGACGUCAGAGAAACGAGCGCAGAAAUUCUGACUGAUGACGCGUCACUACCCAGAUCCGGGUAGUGCUUCUGAUUGGUUAUUAAUUUGCUGUAACCAAUCAGAAGCACCUACCCAGGUCUUGGUAGUGACUGGUCAUCAGUAUUAGACGUCGGACGCGAUCCAUUCAACCAAAAUUUCCGGAAAUUUUGGUCCAAAACUCAAUGGAUCGGUUCGGUCCAACCGGAAAAAAUUCGAAAAAACGGGUUUGAGGUGGACCACUUUUCCCGGUCGGACCGGUUGGAAUUUUGGUUGAAUGGAUCGCGCCCAUCAUUUCUCGGGGAAACUGGGAAACCAGUCGUGGCGUCCAGGAAUGUCGGCUGUUUUCUCAAGGUAGUUGUCCUUUUUCCAUUGCGUCGUAACAAAUCGUAAAAAAGGAACGUUAUUUUUACAGGCACAUGACGUUAUCUUUCAAGAUUUUGCUUUCUUGUGCACAUUAAGCCUAUUGUCUUUUAAACGACGCUGGGUUGACUAAAUUUUUAUGAAAAUCGCAAUAAGUUAGCUAACAAAAUAUUAAGUUUCAAUUGGUAAUCAUCGUGGAUAUGAUAUGGUCUAUAAAGUCAAGAUGAUGCAGAAAAGCAUCAGCAAUACCAAAAAGAAUUACUGUUAAAGAUGAAACUCAAGGCUGAUGUGAAGACUAAAAAUGAUAAUUAAAUUCUUGCUGAAUGAUUUCGUUUUGCCAAAAAUUUCUGUCAGGGGAUGCAAAAAGCUAAGUAAAAAUCUCUAGAUGUAAAGUGACAUAAAAGAAAAGGAAACUGAGUGUUUAAUUUAAUGAGAUCUAUGUGUUUGCUUGAAGCUGGUAGAUUCUCAGAGGAUCACGUCUUUACCGAGAAAGACUGGUCAUUAGAAAAGGAAGGCACCGUUUAUGAGAAGAGCAAGCGCCGCGCUGAGAAAGCAGCUUGGGAGCUGGUGAACAAUUUGCCAGGUAUCGAAUACUCCGUUUUUGAUAUUAAGGGUGCGUUCGAUUGGGAAAUCCGGAUUUAGAUUUUCAAAAUCUAAAUCCGGAUUUCCCAAUCGUACGCGAAAUCCGAAAACGGAUUUCUCCUCCGAGAAAUCCGUCCUCAGGGUGGAUUUCAAUUAAGAAAUCCAAAUCCGGAUUUCAUGGAUUUCCUUUUUACCGUUCGAUUGGGAAAUCCGAAAAAGGAUUUGCAAAACUAUUCUCGUGAAAUUUGGUUUUGGCUGAGUUUGUGCUUUGGGAGUUGUCUAUUGUUUCUAGUCUGUCAUUAUACAGCAUUCUUGUUCAGCACGCGUGCAAAGACCGCGCUUGGCUGACUUCCGAAUGCUCACCGAGAUAUAAUAAUUUUGGUACAGUGAGACAGGCCAUCGCGUGAUACAUAGAGGUUUAAGUCACAAUUUUUAAUCAAUUCUCGUGCUUCUUGUGCCUUUGCAAAAAAAUCAAGAAGUGCUACACACUAAAUCUACUUACUAUUAAAAAAAUAUCAUUUUUUCAUAGGUUUAAUGCAAGCCAAUAAUUAAACCAACUCGUGACGGGAAUAUCUCGGUGAGCAUUCGGAAGUCAGCCAAGCGUGGUCAUUGCACGCGUGCUGAACAAGAAUGCUGUAUAAUGACAGACUAGAAACAAUAGACAACUCCCAAAGCACAAACUCAGCCAAAACGCUAAAAAUCUUCAAUGUUUACUCAAGUUUGGGCUUAUAGAAGAUAAUGUCACAGUUUUUCAAUGACCAUGAAAUUCAGAGUCCGGGUAGUUAGUUAAUCAAUUGUGGCCCUGAAAAAAUUUGAAGGAAAAAAAACUACGAAUUUUUAAGAAAAUGCUUUUUUCGUGAGAAGGACUCUUAAACGCUGACAAACGUCAACAAAUAGCGAAAACUAUAAUUUCUAUAUGUUUGCUUUGCUCGAAAUCGCGCGCAUUUACAAGGCCCUAAAGCGUUUUGCUGACUUGCAAGGACCCAUCUGUUAUAACGAUGCCCAAAAUAAAGAGAUGAAUCUCAUAGUUUAUUAGAUAUAAUCCGUGUAAAGUUUGCUUAUCAUUUUCGCAUAAAUUAUGACCUAAAUUUGGAAACCGCUGAAUUUCUCGAAUUGGGUCUUUGCGAUUUUGGUGAAACUCUGUUCAGCGCAAGGCACUAAUGCGCACUAUGUGUAGCCGAGAGAUUUUCACGAAAAAAUGCCGGCAACAGCAGAUUUUCGACUCAGACCUCAAAGGGGCGUGGCAUUAUAACCACGUGACAUUUACUCCGAUCGCCACAAAUUUUAUGUUAUAUUGUAGAUUGAUCUAUAUGUUAUCCAUUCUAUGUGUUAGACUUACGAUAAAAGUAAAGGUGGGGAUACCAGAGAGCUUCAAAGUAGGAUGGUACCCCCCCAAAAAAACUGGGUCGAGUCACCUUAAGCCGUGAUGUUAUUGGCUAUGAAGACUUGUAUUGUCAUAGGUGCGUUUCGAUCCUUUUGUUGUCACAGUUAAACAGUCGUUUAUUGUUUAUAGUCAAAUUGUUAGUUGUCCUGUCGUUUUCUCGCAGUUAAUUUUGCUUGAUUCGGUCAAUAAGGACCUGUUUACAUGGAGGUGGGGUACCCUAGAUAGGUGAGGUAACCCGCUUAGGUAGGGUAACCCGCCUGUCCAUAUAAUCUCUCAUUUUAAUGUGAUCACGUUUACAUGUUAGGUGGGGUAACCCGUCACAUGUUACCUCACCUAUCUGGGGUCCCCCACCUUCAUGUAAACAGGCCCUAAGUCUUUUGUACGGUGCCGCUGGGUAAGUGAUGACUACGACUCAGUGGCGCUUGUUUUAGCUUUGGUUCGUCUCAUGAAAAGUUGAGGCCUAAGAAGGAAUUUAGGUACUUAAGAGACUAUUUCUGAGUUGUACCAGCUUCUGUUUUAAAGCGAGGCUAAGUGUGAAGCUAUACCCUGGUUCCAGAGGUUUUUCUUGAUUUUUCUUCGCGAAAGAGAUCAAGAGCAAGCCGCGAAGCGGCGACAACGAGUCGCGAAAGCGUCCAGGAGAGAGAGAAAAACCUCUUUUUCUCUCUCUCUCCUCGUCGCUUUCGCGACUCGUUGUCGCCUCUUCGCGGCUUGCUCUUGAUCUCUUUCGCAAAGAAAAAUCAAGAAAAACCUCUGGAACCAGGGUAGCGAAGCUAUUGCUAUGAAAUGAUUUUUUAACCUCAUGUAACUAAUACUUAUUUUCAUAAGCAAGGUUUUGUACCUAGCCACGUUUUGAAAGUGAGAAUUUUUGGAACUCGGAAUUGGCGUAUUACUGAACCAGUUCUAAAAGUAUUGGGAUAUUAAAAGCUUAUAAGCAUACACUGAAUGUUCAUGAAAAAAAGGGGCUUUUGCCACGUUCUUCGUUUAAACAUUGCAAUACUUUCGCCCUUAAAUACUGACUGACGUCAUUCCAAUUAGCUACCCUGUGCGUCUUUGAGGCAGUAUAUCAAGAAUAAAUCAGUCCACUGUAAGUGACACAAUUGUAAAAAGAGUCAUAUGUCUCUCAAUAACUAGGAGGUAUUGCUGUUUUACAUUCUGUAACAACUGUCAGUUGUGUAUCAAAUGUCACUUAAGAUGGCUGAACACAGUUUUGCGGGCGGUCAGCGGUAGCGCAUGUUUUAAAUUAGACAAACAAACAUGGCGGCGAACUGGAAAACAAUGGUACAGAGAAGACGAUUUCUCAAAAUCUGCUCAUUAAAAUUUUGCGAUAUUUGGCAGAAUUUUUACUUUUAUCGUAUUUUAAAAAAUGAGAACUUUAAAAUGGAAGCUGAACAGACGAAUUUUGUGACACAUUUAAUAAUUGCGGUACAAUAAUAUUAUGGAUUACCUAAAAAUCUGUCUGUUCAAAUUUGGUCAAAUAAUUUUCAAAUGGUAAUGAUUAAUUAUGGUAAGCUGUGUGCAAGUUUAUAGGAAAAUCUUAUGAGCCAAUUAUAUGUAAACUGAGCAAAAGUGAAAUUUUAAGGUUGUAUUCAAUCGUUCAUGUUGCCAUGGAAACUACGAAAACAUCAAAUUUUACCUGUCAAUCAAAAUCUUUCAUUAGUAUAUUUUUCACUUGCCAAGUUUCAGCUUGUGAGCUGCAACCUUUCUCUUGCCAUGACUUGGCAAAUGACAUAUACUCACAAACUGCCAAAACAGUGUUCAGCCACCUUUAAAGUCUUUAAAAAUAAAUAACAUGAGAGAGAGAUUUAAGUGGCCCUUUUGGGACGUCAUUCUCAGCCCUUAUAAUGCACCUGUUCCUUUUUUCUAUUAAAAUCUCCAUUCAUUUUGCAAGUCGUUACAGAUAACAUUAGCGUCUUAGGGUAUUCGUUAGAAGGGGUAAGGAGCUUUCACCUCUCCUAUCAACUAACACUGAUCCAACUGACCUAUCCAUUCUCCUUCUAGAUGAUGAAAAAUUUGAGCUGUGUUGUAUCAAUCCAGGAUUGAUUCUUGGACCAGUGUUGCACGGAUCUUCUUGCACAAGUAUCGAGGUACUUGUAUUUCAAUAGAUUUGAAAGCAAAGGCAAAUCUGAAGGUGGUCGAGGGUUGGGCCUCGUUAAAAGAAUAAUGUUUAACAAUGUAAGACAUAUAAAUGUCCCUGACGUGGAAACGCCAGGUCUGCAGCAGGGAUAGACUCGAAACAACUUGGUAAAGAACCGUUAAAAAAGCAAUGGCGGAUCAAGACCCUUAGACAAAAGGGGGGCCCAGUCUCAAAAAAAAAUUUUUUUCAGCCCUUCGGGCCUCAGUUCGGUGUAAAUAAAGGGGGGCCGGGCCCCUUCGGCCCCUUCCCUGGAUCUGCCACUGAAAUGUAUGACUGAAGUGGACUUAGCUGAGUGUUCCCUGGAUGUGAAAGGAGGCUUUAUAAGGCUACGUUCACAUGGCAGGGGACGAAUUUUCGACUGGCAAAAAAAUUUGACAGGACACCUCGUUCACAGGGGGCCAUGAAAUAUUUUUUUCUCUGUUCUCGCGGAAUUUUGAACGGUACGCGUCUAAAUAUUCGUCCGGUUAAGGUGGUUCCGUAUUAACGGAACACCUAAACGCAUGAAUUUUCAUCCGUUGCCGCGAGAGAAAGGCUAGAACUCGUGCAAAGUUGAAAGAAUCGAACUGAAGUUGGUCUUAUUAUCAUAAACCACUCAUAAUGUUAUGAUGGUGAUGAUUCUUAAAAAUAUAUCUUUUCUUUUUUUUAAGUUUGUGCGGAGCAUGCUCGAACGUGUUGUGCCAUAUGUGAUUAGGAUGUCAUUGCCAAUAAGUGACGUCAGAGAUGUAGCUGCAGCACAUAUCACAGCUAUGACGUCUCCUAAAGCGUCUGGUAAGCAAACAACCUCAUUCCCGGGGCCUCUCUAUUACUAAGUAGAGGGAGGACCCUGGACAGGAGGCUCGUAAGUAAAAUGUAUCACUACAAUGGGCUAUUUCCGAGUCUUGCCAAGCCUCUGUUUCAAAGCGAACAUUAUUUUUCGUCUUUUUUCUUGUCUCAGGCAAUAGAUAUAUUACCAUAACAGGCUGCUGGUGGUUCGAGGAAGUAGCGAAAGUUCUUGAUGAGGAAUUUCGACCUCUUGGUAAGUUCAGCCUUAGGAAAAAGAGAAUCCACUUUUUUCGAACUUCUGAUAAUUCAAAUCAAAACUGAGCUUACUUCCCUGUCAAACUCUCGAAUUUGUUUUUUUUUUAGCUCGGUUUUUCGAACCUCCCGUAUUUUCACUGUAUGUAAGAAUACGCACCAACGCAACAUGUUGCCUCAAUCUGUUAUCGUGGGUUGGAUGUAGAUCAUUUUAUAAGUGGCAUUUGCAUUACCUAGUUUUCUUUGCCCGUAGUAAUGGGAAAAACUGUUGCAUUCUGAUUUUUUUUUUUGGUGGGGGGGAGAGGGUUAAUUUUUAAUAGCCCAUUUCCGAGUUGCUCCAAGCCGCUGUUUCAAACCGAGGCCAAGUGCAAAGCCAUUGCUAUGAAAAUGAUUCUUUAUUGUCCUGCAAAUAAAAUUCAUUUUCACAAGAAAGGCUUUCCACUAAGCCUCGCUUUGAAAGUUAGAGGUUAUGAAACUCGGAACUGGCCUUAUUUUGCUUACAACUGCGACGAUCAUGUCUUCAUUUAAAUUUGUUUUUCCGCAGCUCUCAUCAUCUUCAAUCUAAGUUUCAUUCCUUUCACCGGUUAAAAUGAACUGAAACAAUUGGCCUGCUCUUACUGUUUGAGUCUUCAAAGCUCAGUUGAUAGAGCACUGCAGCGCUAACGCAGAGACCAUUGAUUCAAAUCCCGUUGAAGCCCAAUUAUUGUUCGGAUUUGCAAUUGCUUAAAUUGCUAUUACCUCUGCGACGAUCAUAUCUCCAUUAAAAAAUACUUCUGAUGUAAAGGAAAAGUUGCCUCGUGAUUUUUUAAUUUACACUUCCAAGGAAAACUUGUCGUAACGCAAACUUGCUCGGGGAAAUGAGAUUUUAGCUAUAUCAGUGAGGGUUUUCAAUUGAGCGCCAAAUGAAAUUUCGUGAAAGGGUCUCUCGCCUUUCUCGCGUGGGGUGAUCUUCACGCGCUGUCCUGUUUCGCUCGCUCUAGCUAUCCCUGAGGAAAAAUGGGGACUACUAUUAGUCUUAACCCAACUUUGAUGUCAUUUAUCAUUUUUUGCCAGGCUAUGAUGUGCCAAGUGAGAUAAAGGUAGUGGACCCCAGCAUUCAAAAUAAAUUAAAGAUGGACAGUUCCAAGGUAUGUGCAUGCUUAGUAAAUAAAACUAACAAUCAUACAUGCUAACUGGUUCCUGCAUGUGGGUUUGAUAGUUACCUCAGUGGAUUGUUUAAAUGAAAUACUCAGAGUAUGAUGGAACUUUUUAGAAGACAAUGACUAUAAGCAGGCCUUUAUUGGUGACUUUGUAGAGUAAACAGAUCUUCAUCUUCAGUUGAAAACAUUAGGAAGCUUACCGAUUUCCUUUCUCAUGAAUAAAUUCUUCUUUUAAUAUCCAAUAUUGAACCGGGGAUGGGGGUAAAAAUUGAUCGUUUUGUUUCUUUGUUUUUGGCUGCCUUCCCAACUACAUCUCCAGUUCUUCGCCUCUCGUAUAAUAAGCCCGGGGGAGCUACUUUGUUAAUUUUUGCUUGGUAUGUGCCGCUGGCCUCUCAGAGCCCCUACCCCAUUAUAGCAUUAUAGUCUAUUCUGAGGCCAAUAAUAUUAUUAUAGACCCCAUCUUUGGGCAAAUAUGCAAUUUUCUCGAUCCUAGCUUAGUCAGUCUCUAUUUUUAUGAAUUGGCCCAUUUCUUAAAUUGAAUUAAGAACACGUUACUUUUCAUCUGCAGUACAAACAUUCUGGUACGUUUGCUAACCGAAGAAUGUGAAGAGCUCUCUUACACCCAAAAAUCAGAAAAUGUGCGACCCCAAUCAAGUAACUCUGUUGAAAAUGCGACCCCAUUAUAGUCAAUCCAGUCGUGAAAAUGCGACCCCAUCCAGCGGCACAUCCUCAUUAGUCUCUUAAAAGGAAGUAACCACGCCGGAUAAAAAGUAAUCCUAGACAGACUUAAAUUCUGGAUUUCAUGCAGUGGAUGCUGGAUUCCCAGCAACUGAAUUUCGGAUUCCUUGUCAGUGGAACUUGGAUUCCGGAUUUCAAUCGUUUUUUAUAGCAGGUUUUCGGUAGUUAAGGAUUCGAAAGGCCUGGUUUCCGCAUUCGGGAUUCCACUGCCAAGCAAAAACUACCUGGAUUUUGGAAUCCGGAUUACCUAUUUGGCGGUAUCCAAAAAAACUUUUUGCGGCUCUUUCGACCUCAGUUUGGCCUAAAAAGUAGGGGGGCGGGGCCGCCGGGCCUCUCCCUUGGAUCCGCCACUGCACGGGACGAAGUCCUACUUUUGAAUGAGAUAAAACGGAGCAUUAUACUUUUCUGGGAACUGCCCAUCUACCCCUCCUCUAAGCCAACAUUAACACUUGCUUCUCACUUAGGGCAAAAUGUUGGCUUAGGGGAGGGGUGGGUGAGCAGUUUCCCAGAAACGUAUAUUGGUCGAACCGAAAAAACUGACAGUGCUUAACACAUUUGCUAAAGCUUUAUCUAAAAAUGUGCGAAAUAACUUGUUUUCCCUUUCAGAUACAAGCUGACCAAGGAUUCAAGCCCAUAGAUUUAAAGACCACUAUAUUAGAAAUGGCAUACAACCUGAUUGAUGCAGGUUUUGUAAAAAAGACCCAAAAAUUCGAGGAAGUCAAAGGAAAGUUGGCAGUAAAAUCUUAG